ACAGCAGCAGGAGCAACGCCAUGGCAGCCAUCAAGAAGAUGUUGGCGGCGGCGGUUAUGGCCGCAGUGUGCUUGCACGCAAGCGCAGGCGGCCACGGCGGAGGCGGCGGUGGAGGCGGCCACGGCGGAGGCGGUGGUGGAGGCGGCCACGGCGGUGGAGGAUACUUAGGCCCCGGCGGUCACGCGCACUCGUUCGCCUACUUCCACGGACCCGUGGAGGGCGGUCACCACGAGAUCGUCGUGGACGGAGGCGACGGCGGUGGUGGUGGUGGCGGCGGUCACGGGGGCGGCCACGGUGGUCACGGACACGGCGGACACCACCACACCCACACCGGCGGGAAGUACGUCGACUACGUGGCUCAUCCUCGGUAUGAAUACGCAUACGGUGUAACUGAUGGCCACUCUGGGGACCACCACGGUCAGAAGGAGCACCGCGACGGUGACGAAGUUGUCGGGGAAUACACGAUAAAGGAACCUGGUGGCAAUGUGCGAACUGUCAAGUACUACUCUGACAAGAAGGGUGGCUUCUUCGCCAAGGUCCAGAACAGUGGUGGAAAUGACCACUCCGGAGGUACCUACGGAGGCUACAGCCAUGGAGGCCACGGUGGUGGUGGUGGCGGUGGAGGCCACGGAGGCGGCCACGGUGGUGGUGGCGGCGGUGGUGGUGGCCACGGAGGUGGACACGGACACUACUAGACGAGACUUGGCGGCACCACAGCUUCUGCUCAACACAUGUUCUCUUUUGUACCUUUCCAUGUUGAGUUUUUGUUUGUAUAUAAUUCCUACAAUUGAAAUAAAAUAAUUUAUUCUGAUUAAGUUUUGUUGUACAGUAUCUUUGAAGUUUUCUGACUCCUGAGCUGACUGUCCUACACAACACCCCGCCGACUUUAGUUACCCACACACAGAACAGUUUCUCUUUAAACUGCUACACCUUGGUCUCUUCUUAAAUUUUCCACAAAAAUGCAUACCUUUCAUAUAAA